AUGGACAAUGCGAGGAUGAACUCCUUUCUAGAUUAUCCCAUCAUUAACGGAGAAACUGGGACCUGCUCUUCCAGAGGUUACCAUGCCGAUCAAGGAAUUACAACUUAUCAGUCCUGCGCUGUUAGUACAAAUAGCUGCAACGCUGACGACCGGUAUAUCGUGAGCAGAAGUGUUCAGAUAGGCGCUCCUCCUCCUCAUCACCACCACCAUCAUCAGUCUACCUACUCACCUCACAGCAAUUUGGGCAUCUCCUAUGCUACCCAUCCCAACUGUGGCACAGGUUACCCUGCCCAGAGUUUUAACACAGGCUACAGUCAUCACUACUCAUUGAACCAAGACACGGAUGGCAACGGAGGGUACCCUCAGUGUGCGCCUGCUGUCUAUGCUGGGAACAUUGCCUCAGCUAUCAGCCCACAUCACCCCGGCUAUGGCGGGGUGGUGGGCCCAGGUCAAUAUCCCCAUCACCCUUACGGACAGGAGCAACAGAGCCUUGCUCCAGGCUGUCACCCUUUAUCCCCCGUUCAUGGCAGUCACCAAGAAACCUGUUGCUCCCCUUCAGCUGAGACCCCUCCCCUGGCACAGACUUUUGACUGGAUGAAAGUGAAGAGGAAUCCUCCGAAAACAGGAAAGGCUGGCGAGUAUGGCUUUGCCGGUCAGCCUAAUACGGUGAGAACCAACUUUACCACAAAGCAGCUAACCGAGCUGGAGAAGGAGUUCCACUUUAACAAGUACUUGACUCGGGCCAGGCGAGUAGAAAUCGCUGCCGCCCUCCAGCUCAACGAAACCCAGGUAAAAAUCUGGUUCCAGAACCGGCGUAUGAAGCAGAAGAAACGGGAAAAAGAAGGUCUUAUCUCAGCUUCUCCGGUUACACCGCCUGGGAAUGAAGUCAAUGCAGAAGACACAUCUGACAAAUCAAGCUCUAACUCUUCCACUCCUUCCCCAUCAUCGUCUACCUCAGAAACGCUGAACACCUCAGCCUGAAACAUUCCUCGAUAUAUUCAAACUGUGAAGCAGUUAUACGCUUGUUGGUCAUUUUAAGUUAGAAAACAAUACCGUACUAUGAUUCCACUCCCCCACCACCAC